GUCUCAUUUGUCAAACAAAAAGAAAAUAGAUAAUACGAAAAAUUUUUUUUGAUUUUGUAGCAAAAUUUGAUUCACAGUUUAUUCUCAUUUAUUGUUUCAGCGCAGAAUGAUUCAAUUCAUAAUAUUGAUAUCGCUCUGCAUGCUGGUGCUUAGCGUGGACCGAGCAGAUGCGUCCGGUUUAGGCUUUGCAGAUACGGUAGCACUAAUUCUCGGCCUUGCUAUAGGAACCGUCGGAAUAUUGGCCUGCUUGGGACGCUACGCUCGUCGAUUACGAGCCGGUCUAUAUUAAGAACGAUCAACAGAUUUCAGAUUUAGGCUAGGAAAAUUCAUGGAAUUUAAUAAUUUUUAAGAUAUCGGAAUAAAAUGAGCUAUUUGCGAAUAAUAACAAAAUCUGUGCUCAGCCAAAGAACCCGAAAGACUAUUGUGCCAGUAAGGCAUUAUUCUCUGGAAGCAUCCCUGACUGGUUUAUGGACCACGGUUUCCUGCAGCACCCCGGUAGCCUAUGUCCAACAAGGAUUGGUCGGCAUUCAUGAUCUCUCGACACUACCAUGGUGGGCUUCGAUUGUAGUUUCCACAGUUCUGGUUAGGUCUUUCAUAACGUUGCCAUUGGCUAUCUAUCAAAAUAAAAUCAUUGCUCGCUUAGAAAAGAUCACAAUCGAAAUGUCAGAUAUAGUGAAAGAACUUAAACGAGAGACUGCUAUGGCUAUUAAGAAAUUCGGUUGGACAGAACAGGAGACAAAAAUAAUGUACAAUCAUUCGUUGAACAAACAAUGGAACAAUCUGAUCGUUCGGGAAAACUGCCACCCAGCGAAAACGAUGAUCGUGCUGUGGGGUCAAAUUCCAUUAUGGAUCAUAAUGUCUGUAUCGAUAAGAAAUAUGGUCCAUAUGCUCCCAGAUCCCAGUUCAAUCGAUGCCCAGAUCGUCUUCGCUGAGCUGACACUGGGUGGAUUCGGUUGGAUACCAAAUUUAACCGUGGUUGAUCAAUCAUGGAUAUUACCAGUGGCGAUGGGGGUGAUAAACUUUUCCAUUAUUGAGAUUCAGAACGCAUCCAGGACAAAGACACCCUCAAAACUUCAAAAAACAUUCACCAAUUUAUAUCGCAUCCUCAGUGUUUUGAUGAUUCCCAUAGCUGCCACAGUUCCUUCGUGCCUCUGCCUGUAUUGGGUAACAUCGAGUGCCUAUGGAUUGGGUCAAAAUUUGCUACUGGUGUCGCCUCGAUUCAAGAGGCUGGUCGGAGUUCCGCACGUUCCUUCGGAAAUUGCUCAUCCUUAUCAACACAUCAAAACAAGUCUCGCAAGUAAGUACAGCUCUUUGCUAGCUAAAAUACGACUAAGUUCAAGAUAAAUAUACAUUGUCAGUUUUGUUUUGUAUAAUAAAAACGUAUUUGUUAAAAAUGGUAA